AGCAGCAGAAAGAAGAGAGAAUCGAAUCCGCACGACGCCGGCGGCGGCGAUGAGACCACCACGAUGUGCCUCCCUCGGGGUGGGUGCGGGAAUUUUCCUCGCCUUUCCCUUCCCUUUUCGUUCAAUUCUUUCCCUUUCCCCCUCCCUCCCCUGUCUCUCCCUCUCGCCCGCGCUGCUGUUUCCCUCUCCUCCGCACGCGCAAGCGCUGCCGCUCUCUCCCACCUCCGCCUCUCCGCCCCGUCCGCCCCACUCCUUGGGAGGCCCAAAGGGCGUGCCCGCCGCGCUCAACUCCCACCCCGCCAAGCGCCAGCACCUCCUUCUCCCCUGCCAUUGGGAGCACCAGCGUCGGCAGCCGCCCCUGUUCCUCCCCCCCACCAACUGCGCGAUCAGAUCUUUCUAGAGAGCCGGCGCCGGGAUGGCCAAACUAAUGGGCGGCUCUGCUGGCUUCCAUGUGCAGGGGGCACACAUGCAGGCGUCUCGCCCGCCCUCUCUCUCCUUCAGAACGUGCGCCCAGCUCGAGAUCUCCAGAUUUUGCACUAUCCCUCGUUUCAUGGGCGUGAAGGCUGUCAGUGCUUCCCAACAGCAUAUUAGGCACAGGUUCAGCUCCAUCAGAGCCUCUGCCCUCCCACGCAUGCAGGAUGACACCACGAGAUACUUCGAUUUCGUGGUUAUCGGCAGUGGUGUCGCUGGCCUAAGGUAUGCCCUGGAAGUCUCGAAGCACGGCUCUGUUGCUAUCAUCACCAAAGCAGAGCCUCAUGAGAGCAACACCAACUAUGCGCAAGGCGGCGUCAGUGCCGUUCUGUGCCCCAAGGAUUCUGUAGAAAGCCAUAUGCAAGACACAAUUGUUGCAGGGGCUCAUCUCUGCGAUGAGGAGACCGUCAGGAUAGUAUGCACAGAAGGUCCUGAGCGUGUCAAGGAGCUAAUAGCCAUGGGUGCUUCAUUUGACCAUGGUGAAGAUGGCAGGCUGCACCUUGCAAGGGAAGGUGGACAUUCUCACAACAGAAUCGUCCAUUCUGCUGAUAUGACUGGAAAAGAGAUUGAAAGAGCUCUGCUUCAAGCGGUUGAAAAUGAUGAGAACAUAUCGGUGUUCGGCCACCACUUCGCCAUUGAUCUGUUGACCUGUCAGAAUAAUGGUGAAAUCUUUUGUUACGGAGUGGAUUCAUUGGAUACCAAAGCUCAAAAGGUAGUCCGUUUCAUCUCAAAAGUAACAUUGCUUGCGUCCGGAGGAGCUGGCCAUAUAUAUCCCACAACAACCAAUCCACCGGUGGCUACUGGGGAUGGAAUUGCAAUGUGCCAUCGCGCUCAGGCUGUGAUAUCCAAUAUGGAGUUUGUGCAGUUCCAUCCAACUGCACUAUCAGACGAAGGCCUUCCAAUAAAGCCAGCUAAAAUAAGAGAUAAUGCAUUUCUUGUAACAGAAGCAGUCAGAGGAGAUGGAGGAAUUCUUUACAACCAAUCCAUGGAGAGAUUUAUGCCUUUAUACGACGACCGUGCCGAGUUGGCACCGAGGGAUGUGGUUGCAAGAAGCAUAGAUGAUCAACUGAAGAAACGUGGAGAGAAGUAUGUUCUCUUGGACAUCAGCCACAAGCCAAGGGAGAAAAUUCUUGCUCAUUUUCCGAACAUUGCAGCUGAAUGCCUGCGGCACGGUCUGGACAUCACACAGCAGCCCAUACCUGUCGUCCCUGCAGCUCAUUACAUGUGCGGUGGUGUUCGGGCUGGGUUGCAAGGGGAGACGAGUGUGAAAGGCUUGUAUGUCGCUGGUGAGGUUGCUUGCACUGGAUUGCAUGGUGCUAAUCGUCUUGCAAGCAACUCAUUGCUGGAAGCAUUGGUAUUCGCUCAGAGAGCCGUGCAGCCCUCUAUCGACCACAUGGUGGAUGCGGAUGCUGACCCUUGUCUCGCGGAGAAAUGGGCACGCCCUAUGCUCUCUGUCUCCAUUAAGGACAGUGCACUGUCUGACAUCAUUGAGAGGACAAAGAAGACCAGGAUGGAGCUGCAAUCCAUAAUGUGGGAGUACGUCGGUAUAGUGCGGUCAACGAACCGGCUGAAGAAUGCAGAAUGGAAGAUUGGUGAUCUAGAGUCAGAGUGGGAGGAAUUCUUAUUCAGGAGGGGCUGGAAGCCUGCCACAGUGGGGAUAGAGGCCUGCGAAAUGAGGAACCUCUUCUGCUGCGCAAAGCUGGUUGUGAAGAGCGCGCUUGCGAGGCGGGAGAGCCGUGGCCUGCACUUCACUGAGGACUUCCCUUACCUGGAGGAGAGCAAGAGGAAGCCUACAGUGAUCUUCCCUACUGCUAUCCAAGAGCUAACAUGGAGUUCAAAGCCAUUGCAGAGGCAGCUGCAGUGCAAAUAGUUGCCACGCCCAUAUCAUGGAGUUUUGGGGCAUGAAGAUUCAUUAAUUUAUUAAAAUUACUGAAUUAGGCUGAAGUAGCCUUUUAAUCUUGCAGUAUACUAAUCCAGCAAAGCUGGAGUUGUAAUUGAUUCUUCAGUUAUAAUUAGUCUGAAGUAGCCUGGUGUAUCAAUGUACUUGCUUAUUUUACCAUUCACAUCAGCUUCAGGUGUUGUAACUUGUCAGGUGUGGUUGGGAUCAUGUUCUGAUAUCUCAGAUGUAUAGGACUGCAGAUGAUUUGUACUUCAUUCCUACGCCCAUUUAAUAAUACUCCCUAAAUAUAAGCA